AGCAAGGAUGCCUUUUCCAUCCCAAAACUCAUCAGAUGCUUCAAACAUGCCAUCUACCUCAAAAGUUGGUAAUCCAGAACGUUCCAAACCGGUGAUCCCACCAUGGGUCCCAGUUUCUCUCUUAGUAGUGACCACGGCCGCGUUAGCUGUACCACUUGUCCUCAUUCGCCGUCAACGUGCAGUGGCCUCGGUUUCAAAUGCUGCCAAACCCAGUCCUUCGACUCCUCCACCGAGACGGACGGCAGGACCUGUCAUCACUACAAAGUCUACAUCCAUAUCGUCAAAUACUUUAUCAACCUCACCUCCAAUACAAUCACGACCGUCAUCAUCAUCGUCCUCAGCACCCCCACCACGUCGCUUGGUACGACUUCCACCGGCGUCCGUGGCGUCCACAGCAGCUUCAGCGACCGUACUGUCACCCGUUGCCGAAUCACCGCUUAUAUCAGGUUCCACCGAGUUUGACGACACGGAAGUAGUUUCAGAGCAGGAACUCGAGUAUGAUGGUUUCAACGCACCACUAUACACACUCAAGGCAUUCAGCAUCGCGUCUCUUGUCGUACUCACUGGAGGUGUAGCCGGUAUAUGGGGUGUGAAGAGUUACAUGGGCGUAAAAGAUACCGAAGAAUUCGCCUCUCGAAUGCGACAAUCGAUCCUCACUCACAUGCCAGUCCUUACUUCUCGAAUACAUCGCGCACCCGAAGUCUCCGACGAUCGAAUAGCUGCUCCACCGUUCCCCUUGCCUACUUCUCUCUUGCCUAACCCGUCGGGUUCAGAGGAACCGCAAUCCCUGUCACCAGUACCACAGUACACUAUAUCAACCGUCAAUCUGGCAGAACCAUGGACCUGGUCGGCCGCUCAGCAGAGACUGUCGGAUGCAUACGAUCGGGGAGGGCUUCAGGAGUGGAUGGAAGCUGCGGCUCUGGAGAUGGAGAUAGAAAGGGAGACGGAGGUGCGGAGGAGGGCGACGGCGAGUGGGCACGAGCGUGGUGGGGUAUGAUUUCAGGGUGCGUGUACUGUGCGACGUCGGGUGGCGCAGGUCUGAGUGGCGCCGUCGGUUACAUGAGCGCGAUCCUAUGUACCCCUUUGGCAUAUACAGAGC